GUUAAGCUCGCCUCGGCUCUUCAGCCUGUACAUGAACCGGCUCAUCGAGGAGCUUAGCAACACCACCGUAGGAUGCUCAGUAGACGGAGUUUGCAUAAACAACAUCAGUUAUGCUGAUGAUAUGGUGUUGCUCAGCCCCUCGAUUAGUGCGUUACAGAAAAUGUUACGCAUCUGUGAGUCAUACGCGGAGGCCCAUGGGCUUAAAUAUAACGCAGACAAGAGCGAGUUCAUGGUUUUCAAGGCUGGCACUAAAACAUAUCUAGAUGUUCCACCUGUCAUGUUAUGUGGGGCGCCGUUAAAACAGGUACAGCAAUUUAAAUAUUUAGGCCACUGGGUCACCGAUGACUUAAGCGACAAUCUUGACAUAGAGAGGGAACGUAGGGCGCUGGCUGUGCGUUGUAAUAUGCUGGCCCGGCGGUUUGCACGUUGUACUAAUGAAGUCAAAGUAACCCUUUUUAGGGCGUACUGCCAAUCUUUGUACACGUGUAGCCUAUGGGUCAGACAUACGCAGCGUGCAUACGGCGCCCUGCGCGUCCAGUAUAAUGAUGCGUGUAGGGUGCUGUUCGGGCUGCCGCGACAUUGCAGCGCCUCCGUAAUGUUUGCGGAGCGGCAAAUUGAUGGCUUUUACGCCGUAAUCAGGAAACGGGCCGCCUCGAUGAUGAGACGUGUGCGCGGCUCCACGAACACCAUCCUACAUACACUGGCCGAGAGGUGGGACUCCCCGAUACUGCGGCGAUGGAUUCAACUCCAUGCUACAGUGGGGAAAUAA